AGGACGUCGACAAGAGAGAAGAGCUCCCAGUCCGUCAGAGAGAAGAAGAAGAAGAGACUCCAUCACACUACUGCUGCAGCAGAAGAAGAAGAAGAAGAAGAAGAAGAAGAAGAAAGAAGAAGAAGAAGAAGAAGAAGAGGAGACAACAUGGUGGCCAAACAGAGGAUCCGCAUGGCGAACGAGAAGCACAGCAAGAACAUCACUCUGAGAGGAAACGUGGCCAAGACGACGAGGAGUGUCUCUGAGGAUAAAGGUGUGGGUCCGUGGCUGCUCGCUCUCUUCAUCUUCGUCGUCUGUGGAUCAGCCAUCUUCCAGAUCAUCCAGAGCAUCAGGAUGGGCAUGUAAUGAUGUCACAGCCAGGGGCGGGGCCAUGGCGGCCUAACGAGGACGACCAACAUGACCCCCCCCCCCCUUGACCACAACGGAAAAUUCCUGAACUCUACCUGACAGGCCCCGCCCCCGGACCACAGG